CUUCUCUCCAGAGAUGCUGCCUGUCCCGCUGAGUUCCUCCAGCUUUUUGUGACUAUCUCCGGGUUACAGUGAGUCUCCCAUUCCCGGGCGGGCAGCGGCGGCGAGGGUGCGCUGGUGUACUGCUGCACAGUGGUUGACUGGUACACGGAGCUUGGUCGAGCCCGGCCGGCUGGCUGCUGCGGGUUAGAUAUGGUGCGCAACGCCGUGCAUUGGUUCCGCAAGGGUCUCCGGCUCCACGACAACCCCGCCUUGCAGCGAGCCCUGUCCGGAGCUGACACCGUCCGAUGCGUUUACAUUUUGGACCCUUGCUUUGCAGGCUCGUCAAACAUCCGGAUCAACUGGUGGAGAUUCCUUAUUCAGUCCUUAGAAGAUCUGGAUAUCAGUCUAAGGAAAUUAAAAUCCAGGCUCUUUGUUGUCAGAGGGCAGCCAACAGAUGUAUUUCCCAGAUUAUUUAAGGAAUGGAAUGUGACACAGCUGACCUUUGAAUAUGAUUCCGAGCCCUUUGGAAAGGAGAGGGAUGCUGCCAUCAUGAAACUGGCAAAAAUCGCUGGGGUGGAAGUGAUUGUACAAAUCUCGCAUACUCUGUAUGACGUUGACAGAAUAAUCAAGGCAAACGGUAAUCACGCCCCACUCACAUACAAACGGUUCUGUGCAAUCAUCAGAAAGCUAAAGUUACCCAAAGCUCCUGUCAAUACGGUGACAUUGGACCAGAUGGAAAAAUGCACACAAAAUAUGCAAGAAAGCCAGGAAGAGCAGUAUGGAAUACCGUCACUGGAAGAACUUGGAUUUGAUACAAGUGAACUGUGUUGCGCUGUGUGGCAGGGAGGCGAGACAAAAGCUUUGGCUUGGCUACACAAACACUUUGAAGGAAAGGCUUGUACUGCUAGUUACGAAAGUUCAAAUUUGAACCCAGACUCCUUGAUGUCGAGCUCAACAGGAUUGUGUCCUUAUCUCUGCUUAGGAUGCCUAUCAUGUCGAAAGUUUUAUUACACGUUACUGGAGUUUUAUAGGAUGGAUCACAACAAAUCACCUCUUCCUCUAUAUGGGGAGCUCCUUCGGCGGGAGUUCUUCUACACUGCAGCAACAAAUAACCCACGCUUUGACAGAAUGGAGGGAAACCCUGUUUGCGUGCAGAUUCCGUGGGACAAGAACCAACAAGCCCUCGCGAAGUGGGCGGACGGACAAACGGGAUUCCCCUGGAUUGAUGCAAUCAUGAAACAACUACGGCAAGAGGGUUGGAUUCACCAUCUCGCCAGGCGAGCAGUCGGCUGCUUCCUGACAAGAAGUGAUCUCUGGAUUAGUUGGGAAGAAGGCAUGAAGGUUUUUAAUGAGUUGCUUCUCGAUGCUGACUUCAGCGUGAGUGCUGGCUGGUGGAUGUGGCUGUCGUGCAGUGCCUUCUUCCAGAGGUUCCUUCCAUGUUAUUGCCCUGUUGCUUUUGGGAGAAGGACUGAUCCGAAUGGCGACUAUGUCAGGCAAUAUCUACCAAUCCUAAGAGGAUAUCCUACGAAGUACAUCCACGAUCCAUGGAAUGCUCCUGUUGAGGUUCAGGCAGCUGCAAAGUGCAUCAUAGGUGUUCAUUACCCCAGACCAAUGGUCAAUCACAUUGAAGCAAUUCGACUGAACACUGAACGAAUGAAGCAGAUUUAUCUACAACUGUCUCAUGAUAAGGGACUCUGUUUACCGGUUAUGGCUCUCUCCCUUACCGACAACCAGGAAUCGUCCAUUGCAAAAUCUGAUGGACAUGGCAAGGAAACUGGUUCUUGCUCAGCGAAUCAUGACAAGACUCCUAAUGUAUUUGGAAAACGAGGCAAGCCAGAAAAUGCUGAAAAUAGAGAUGAAUUCAAACAAAUAAAGAUUCCUCGACUGCAAGCUCCUGAGGAUGUUAGCAGGAUUAAAGCUGAGCCAAUGGUGAUUGAAGACUGACGGAGCAUCCAUCUGUGCAAUCCCAAACUCUUCAACUUCUUGCAAUCACUGCAAGCGAGGUGCUGGCUUGCUUAGCUUUAAAUAGCUGCAAACCUAUGAAUGCCAUUUUUUUAAUAAAAAACUAUUCAUCUGUAUCUCUGGUAUACUGCACUGUUGCAAACCGGCCAUAGAAAGUCGCAACAGAUGUCCAAACUGGGUUAAAAUCACCCUGUCUACUUCAGGCUAAGCAGAAGAAAUAUUCACCCAUAUUCCUCCUGCUGUGGCUUUCAUUGAAGCUCUACAGGAAAGUUCAUAGCCUGGAUUUUGAAGUCUAUGUGGUUGAAUAAACUAGUCAUUCUCAACCCAGGGCGCGUGACACCCUUGGGGAUGGGUGAAGGGAAACCAAAGUUUACAGCGAGUCCCUGAAGUUUUAAUAAUUCUGAGGUCGUUUAAUUAGAAAGUUCACAAUCAAAGUAUAAUAGAGGCACAAUUUGCAAUCCAGACACACCAGCUGUGGGAGUGCUGCCAAUUCUUAGGAAUCCAUGGAAUAGCAAAGCUUCCUUAAAGGAAGGAUCUGUGGUACAGUAAGAUGGUUAAAGGGUGGGAAUGUGGGGAAGUGGGGAUUUCAAUCUUAAAGUUUGGAAAUAACUUGAAUAGAAUAAUGAUGAUAAACUCAGACACCAGGACAAAAUGCAAGUAGGUGGGCAAGAUUGUCAAGGGUGUGGCUGAGUGUGUGGUGAAGUGUUGUAGCGAGCAUCAUUGGAAUUGCAGCCAGUAUAAUAACAACUAAAGCAUGUUGGAAAGAAUCUGGCAGUGCAGCCAAUGCAAAAUAACAGUAUAUGAAAUUAAAAAAGGAAUUUGAUCUCAAUUAAAUAGUUAAGAUAGCAAUUUUUCCUCUUGACUCCUGUGUUGUAGGAAAUCACCCAAAAUUUUACCCUAUUACAUACUUUGCCCUAUAACAUGCUUGUACAUAUUCAAAUAAGAUAUCAUACUGGAGGUUUGAAGAAAAUUCAAUAGAGGAAUUCUUUCUGUAACCAAUGUUUAUCCUCAAACCAAAAUAUUAACAACCAAUUGCAUGAUUAUAUUGCCAUGUGGGAUCUUGCAGCAUAUGUAUGCAAAUUGGGCUGGACCAUUAAUCUGCUCUAGGACAGUGAUUAUAUUUCAAAUUUAUUUCUAACUGGAAAAUAUUUUAGGGUUGUAAAUGUGUUUUCUCAUGCCAAUGCUAUUCACAAAUUAUUUUUAAAUGGCGUCCAUGAAAGCAACAUAGCCAUUUCUGGCCCUUUUUGUCAAUGGAAAAGUAGAUGAGUUAAAUCAGGAUCGCAGGGUACUCAUGAUCUUAUUCUUGAGGCUAUAAUUGGGUAUUACAAGACUUUAAGAAAAAGAAGUCUGUUAACUUUUAGCAGAUUUAUUUCCAUUGUAUUUUGUUCUAUUUAUCCUUGGGGUAAAACACAACAUGAUAUUAUGAAACUAGGAACUGCAGAUGCUGGUACAAAGAAGACAACCUGCUGGAGUAACUCAGCCGGACAGGCAGCAUCUCAGGAAAACACGGAUAAGUGAUGUUUCAAGUUGGGGCCCUUAUUAUAACUUUUGGGUAUAGAUGUUCAUAAUUUAUAUAAAGCACUUGUUGUACCAAAACAAUGUAAUUAUCUGACUUUUGUAUAAAGUAAAAAUGUUGUCAAAUGUAUAAUAAAAAUUCUUACUAUAAACCAUUUUGGUUGAUUAUAUGUAAGAAUAAAAAAUAAUUCUCACUGGUGUGGCAGAGAACCACAAGACCUUAGUGUUGGAGGUGCAAAUAUCUGUAAAGCUCAAAUGAUGUAAAGGAUCUUAUCUUA